GUUGGUAUUCCUACAAGUUGAUCGAUGACAACCUCAUGUAUGGUUCCCAAGAGUUUGCCCAAGCCAUGACGAGCACUCACGUUCUGGAGGGCUUACCCGACGUGUACGAGAGCACACGCGAUCUGGGCCGAGAAUUGGCGUUGAACUUGGCCCCGAAGUACGCCCAAUUGAUGUCGGAUCUCAAGAAAAUCGAAUCGGCCGACGAGGUCCUCUCGGAAAGGAUCUACGGCCAUGAGCCGUUCGGCACGCCCAUCCCGGAAAGUACGCACGCCCUGAUCAAGGGUCGGGAAACCCGUCGAGUCCACGCCCUCAAUUCGUUCUGGGUCAAGCACAUACUGGGUCAAGCGCCUCAUCUGAUGUCGGCUCAAAUGGAUCACUCGCCUCGUUUGGAGGCCUUCUGGUUCCGAUCGGGCAUGGGUCCGGACAAAUCCAUGAUCAAACGUCGCCGAGGUAGCAUUAAACACGCUCGCACGAAUCCCCUGCGUCCGGUCAAAAGAUCGCCCGACGACGAGCCCACGGUCUAUGAGCCUUAUGACCGAAGUUUUCAAUACAAGGCUCAACCCAUUUUGGUGCAUCGACAUCCGAGCAUGAUACCACCUUUCUUGGAGCGAAAUCACGAUCUUUGUCACCAGCAGGAUGAGGUGCCCGAAUUCAAAUUGGAUCCCAGAACUCUAGGUUAUUCGGCGAGAAGCGAAUCGGGAGUGAACCUGCCUGGAUUUUGGACCGGAUCACCCAAAUCAUUCGCGUCUUUGCAAAUCUUAAGCUCCUUUAAUGAGAUUGGGACGCGCGUCACCAAUACGACCCUGGCCGAUGAUCAAUACGGUUACCGGGAGGACUUGAUGUGCACCAAGAUGAUUCUGGCCGGUUUCGGUCAGCUCCUCAGUCAAGCGUGUCAUUUAGGCUAUGAACCCAUUAAUAAUAUCAGCGAGCCUUUGACCACUCAAACCAUCAUCACCGAUGGUCUCAAGUGGAAACUGGGCGCUUUUCAAUUGAAUCGGACGGCCUUGAUCGACGAAGAGGAUGUGAGAUUCCCCAAUAACGUGUGCUGGAUCCAGCCGGAGGAGGAUAUGAUGAAAACCAAUGAAGAAACGGGACAGGCGGAAGUAAAUAUUGAUCUCAUGGGACGCAUCAUUCAGUUCUACUUGGCCCAGCCGAGUGCCCAACCCGAGGCGGUGGCCCAAAGUUUGAACAAUGUACGCAACAACUACAACCGAACGACCUUCUUCAAGCAGUAUCGAGCUUUGUGUGCGCGCGAAGACCGUCCAUUCCACCUCAAGAAACCUGUCACUCAACCAUUUCAAAAGCUCUACCGGAUCGAUCACCCUGCCAUGUUGUUCAGCGAUGGUACCAGGGAAGAACCUUGGUUCUUGAUGACCAAAAUGGAUUUCUUGGGCAAGAAGCAUUGGCAUCCUGAAUUCAAGCAUUUGGACCAUUUUGAUAUGCCACGUGUGCCCAAAGCCAUCCGAAAGCGAUUGGGAAUCAAGAAGUGGAAGAAGGUCGUGGCGCCUAUUCCGGAUGACACUAAAUAAUAGACAUGUUUGAAACACAUAGAGUGGAAAAUAAAUCCAAGGAUCAACAGCAAUAACUGACGCUCCAUGAAAACU